AUGAAGAAAAUUUGGAAGUCAGUUUUACGUACGGUAAAAAAUCGCAAGUAUCAACAAAAGGCAAUAAAAUAUGCUGAAGACAUGGAGAAAAGCGAGACUGUCCAUCGAGCACCGCGACAUCCAACAGAACAGAAAUAUUUUCAAAAAGUUCAAGCCGACGAGAAAAUUACAGAAGAAAUAAGGAAGCGAAACGAUGUUUUAAUAGACAACAUGAAUAAAAUCACAGUAACUUCUUCUGAACCACAAAAUCGUUGGACGCCUACCAAAGAAUUACAAUCAAAAGACACGGAGUGGGUUCAUAGAAACGAUACAAUAUGGGAAUUCGGAUUCCAUGAGCCUCCAUUGGAAAAAAUACCAAAAGGAAAAUUAAUGUUUCGCGAAGCUAUUGAGAUUUUGCGAGCACAAUGUGACAAAGAUUUUGUAUUAAAAUUAAAUGAAGAACGUAGAGAUACCUUACUGCCUCAGAUCCUAGAAAGUUUGGAAAAUCAUCCGGCUAUGCAGAGGAUUGACAGCGAAGCUUUUAACACGAUUUGGCAAUAUUUUAGACCUUUCGAGCGGAAGGAGCAACAAUAUGUUGUAAGCAGGAAAGAUAUUGAUGAACUUCGUGAUCUAAUGUUAGGUUUUCACAAAGAACCGGAAAUGCCAUCUUUUGAAAGUUUGAAAAGAAAGCGGGAGCAGGAGUUGGAGGCUGAAUUACAUGUUCCUUUACAAGAAAAUUUGGGUGAAAAUGAAAAAGAAAGACUGGAAAGGUUAGAAAAAAUGAAGGAAAUAAAAGCACAGGAAGAUAUGCGACUUUCACAAGAGCUAAAAAAGCUUGGUCUUAUCGACGAAGACAAAGAGCCGGAUGAAGCAAUCAAGGACGAUAUAGAAAAACGACGCUUGGAGCAAGCUUAA